CGGGCGAGGCAGAGAAAACGAGUGGAGGGAUCCCUGGCAAGAAGGAGAAAUAGGCAGGCAAGCAGAAAUCUCCCUGGAACUGACAGUUUAGCUGCCACCAUGACCUCUAGAAAAUAUCCUGGGCGCAGAAAGAAAAAGCCUGAAUAUUUCACAAAGAAGGUGACAACAAGAGAACAGCUUGUGUUAAGAGAUACAUUUUCUGAAAGUGAGAGAGCUUCAAAAUUAGAAGAGAACAUUAAGAGCAAAGACAGAAUCAUCCAAAAACUGCUGUCUGAGGUUGAACAUCUAAAAACAAAAAACCUUGACUUGGAGAAGUAUGUUAUGAAACUUCGUGAUAGUAAGUUGGAAGUAACAACUCAAGUGGAUAAUCUGGCCAUUAAGAAUGAAUAUCUGUGUAAAGAACUUGCUCAUGUAGACAAAUUAGCUGAACAGCUAGAAAAAGAAAAAGAAUCUGCAUUGGAUAGUGCUGAUCAGGAACUUGGAGAAGCCAAGUCUCAGAUUAAAUGCCAACAAAAUACUAUACGGAAAUUAGAACAUCAAAUCAACAUUCUCCAAUCUGCAGUCUUUGAUGUUGAACAAUUCAAAAAAGAGAACUAUUCUUCAAGACUUGACAAUCUUAUAAAGAAAAUAGAAGAAGAUAGAGAUUAUUAUAAAACUGAAGCUGAAAAUUUGAAGAGGAUGCUUCGGAAUACAUCUUCAAGUCCUAGGCACAGGACUUCUAUUUCAAAGGUUCCCUCCCCUAUUCAGGGAAGUAAUUAUGAACCUGAAUUUCUGCAACUCCUCAGAGAAUGUGAAGAAUAUAAGGCAAUGCUGGAAAAAUAUGAACGUCACAUAGUAGAAAUGCAAGGCAACAUCAAAGUUCUCACAGCAGAGAGAGACAAAAUUAUCUGUUUUUUUGAUCAGGCUCAGAACGAAAUAAGUCAUCUGCGAAAAGAAGCUAUCAGAAUCCCCAAAGCUUCUAAAACCGGAAUGGCUGCUCAGGCUGUCUUAAGACGUGUGGAAACAGAAAGGGAUGCAGCUAUAUCUGAUUUCCGAAGGAUGGCCACAGAACGUGAUAGCCUGAGAGAGAGGUUAAAGAUUGCUCAGGACACUGCAUUUAAUGAAAAAGCUCACCUGGAACAGAGAAUUGAGGAACUGGAGUUAAAUGUUCAGAGUCUUGACAAUGAAAGGUUAGAACAAAUAUCAAAGAUGUCUUUGAUGAAGGACACCAUAGAGUCUGUAGAAAUGGAGAUGAAAAUAUUGGCAAGAAAGGCAAUGGAGUCUGAAAGUGAGCUAAACCGAGAAAAGGCAACUACUGCUUCAUUGAGCAUAUUGAAUGAAAAAACAGAACAGAGUCUUUCAGAGGCUCGACAACAACUUUCAAAGAAAAAAUAUGAAUUACAAUUAAUUCAAGAAAAAAUAAUGUGUCUGGAUGAAAAAAAUGAAAAACUUUCUCAGCAAAAUAUUGCUCAACAAGAAGAAAUUUCUACACUCAACCAAACAAUAGCUGAACUGGUUUCAGAAAAGGAGUCUUUACAAGAUGACCUAGAAGUAAAAACAGAGAAGGUUAUCAUCCUUGAAGAAAGCUUGUCCACUAAAGAAGAGACCAUUUCAGAUUUGAAGACCAUACUUUCUGAUAAGGAGCAUUCAUCUAAGCAUUCUAGAGAAGCACUACACAAGUGUGAACAGGAUAUUACCAGAUUACAUCACCUGCUAAAUGAUACUAAUAAUGAGCUUACAGAGACUGGCAGGGAGAAAGAGGCAUUAAUUCGGGAGAAUGAGAGGCUACAGGAACAACUUUAUUGUUUUAAGCAGGAAAAUCAGAUUCUGCAGCAAAAGCUCAAUAAAUAUGAAAAUGAACUUGAUAACAUGAAGUUGAAAAUGGAAGAUCUGCAUACAGAUAUUGCCAGACUGAAGAGUGCACUGAAUUCUAAAGAAAAAGAAAAUCAAGAACUUUUGGAGAGUUACCAUAGGAGCAAUGAAAAAGCAGAAAAAUGGGAAACAAAGUUCCAUCAAAUAGAAGCAGAGUGUAAUUCUGUUCAUCUUGAACUUAUUAAUGUAGAGUCUGAGAAACAAAGACUGAAGGAUCAAACAGAAUCCCUUGAAACAGAAAUUGGAGAACAUUUAGCAUCAGAAAAAGCCUACAAGUCACAGAUUACUACUUUAGGUAAGUCUCUUGUGAAAAUGGAAGAGGAACUCCACAAAGUCCAACUGGAGAAAGUUUCUGUACUCUCAGAUCUAGCAUCUGUUCGAGAACUGUGUAUUAAAUUGGAUACUAGCAAAGAUUUAUUAACCAGACAACUAAACAAUACAACACAAGAAGUAGGACGGUUACAGAAUGAAUGGGAAUCUUCUCAUUCAGAAAUAGAACUCCUCAGAAAACAACUCAAUAAUGAAAGAAUCUCAAUAAAAAACCUGGAAACACUGUUAGCAUCCAACCGAGAAAAGGAAUUUCAAUCUCAAAUGAUAAACCAAGAAAAGGAUUCGGAAAUCCAUCUUCUUAAAGAGCAACUGGCUUUUGCUGAGAACAAAAUUGCUAUCUACAGUCGAGAUUUUUCGCAGCUCAAAAAUACAAUAACUCAACUGGAAUCUGAGUUAGAUAUCACAAAAAGACAGUUGGGCACGGAACGCUUUGAAAGAGAGCGUGCUGUCCAAGAGCUUCGCCGUCAGAGUGCUACAGCUUCAUACCAUUUAACAUCUACAAUAAGGUCAUCAUCACCUGAACGUUCCCGGAACUGGUCCCCCGACAGGUCUCUGGAUAGAUCUCUGGAAGGGGAUCCUCUUUCGAAGGACUUCUAACUGAAGAAGAUAUGGGAAAAGUCUGACUAUUGAUAUGUAGGUGCCAAACUGAACUCAGGGCUUAUUAAAAAGAAUUGCUUUAACUCAAUUGACGGUGGAUAAUAUUCAGACCACUUGAACAAAAGAAGUUUUGAUAUAUUGUUUAUACAACUAAUAAGCCAUUAUUAAAAUGGCAUCCUGAAAAGACAAGUGAACAUAAGUAUAACUGUAUGCUGUCAGAAACCCUAUUUAAUCAAGCUACCAUUUUAAAGGAUUUUUUUAAAAGAGGAAAAUGGAAAAGAAUUAAAGCAGUUGAUUUCUUAAUUUAUUUGUUGUAACAUUGUUCACUGAUGUUAAAUUUCCUAACUUCAUUUCUGAAUUACCCUUUCCUAUCUCAUCCUUCUCCCUACAGUUCCCUGGACACUCAGAAAAUUUGUUCCUGGGUGUUGGGGGAUUUUGGGGAGUGAUGUGGGAUACACUGAGGAACACUGCGAAAGGAAGGAUAGCAAAAAACACAGAAACAGCUUUCAUAAACAGAGGAGUAACUUGGGAUCCAGUCCGUGUUUCAAAAAUAAAUUUGACUUUAGUCAAUAAACCCAACUAUCCAUGAAAAUAACAGUAUUGGUUGCUAUUUAAUGUAGGUACACCAAUUGCCAGCAGUAAUGAAGCAAUAUUAUUGCUCUGCAGUUACAUCGAACCAACCUGCACACUGCUGGGCAGUGUGGGGGGAGAGGAGGGAGAAGCAGCAGAACUGAAAUAUAUUGCUAACUGGGCAAUAUAUUUCAGUUAUGCAUAGGGUCUAAGAAAGUGUGAUGACCAAGCAAUUGAUUUGAAAAGAAGUUUUCAAGUUUCACAUUAAUCAGAAUGGAAAAUCAAAUCAUGUAUUCUUCAUAUUUGAGUAAUGUCCAGGCAUUGCCAAUCUGAUUAAACUAUUUCAAAAUAUUAACUGAAAAUAUUUUUUCUUAAUAAAAGCGGCUACUUUAUACUUUACAGUGAGAUAAUUCCCUCUUUAAUGUAUCUGUAUUUUAAAUAAAGGCUUAUGCGAAUGGGGUAGCAU